AUGGGGAACUGUUGCAGAACGAGAAGAAAUGGUGACAAUCACUAUCGAUAUGUUCAACCCCAUGCCUCUGAAGUUGUUACUGCAGGAGGGGCCAAGGAACCCUACAGAAGCGAUUCCAAGAAACUUACUCAAAAUCUGCCAAGUCCAAAUCCGAGGAAUGGUGAUGAGAUGAUACUCUCUCCACAUUUGAAAGUGUUCGCAUUUAGUGAGCUUAUAAAUGCUACUAAAUACUUUUCUCCCGAUUAUCUUCUUGGAGAAGGUGCAUUUGGCUAUGUAUACGAAGGGUGGCUUAACAAGGAAACCCUUUCUCCUGUAGAACCCGAAUCCGGAAUGCCAGUUGCCAUCAAGAAACUUAAGCGCUUAGGUUUUCAAGGCCAUAUGGAGUGGUUGUCAGAUGUUUCAUAUCUUGGUGGACUUCAUCAUCGAAAUUUAGUCAAUCUUAUUGGUUUCUGCUAUGAAGGCGAAAAUAGGUUGUUGGUAUCUGAAUUUAUGCCUGGAGGCAGCUUGGAGCAUCAUCUUUUUAGACGUGGUGGAGAACCUUUUUCAUGGGCACUUAGGCUUAAAGUUGCAGUGGAGGUUGCUCAAGGGCUCGCUUUCUUGCAUGCUUCCCAAUCAAAAAUUAUAUAUUGUGACUUCAAAUCUUCUAAUGUCCUGCUAGAUAUGGACUAUAACGUGAAACUCUCAGUCUUUGGUUUGGCAAAGGCUGACCCAUCAGGCGAUUGGAGUCAUGUAACAAGUCAAAUAACUGGCACCGAAGGCUAUACAGCCCCUGAAUACUUCGCUGCAGGUAGACUUACAACAAAAUGCGAUGUAUAUAGCUUUGGGAUAGUGUUGUUGGAGCUCAUCACAGGGCGACGUGCCAUUGACUACAAACGGGUUGCAGAAGAGAAGAGGCUAUUGGAAUGGGUAAGGACUCAACUCAGAGAUACGAAGAAGGUAUUCAAGAUCAUGGACUCGAGGCUUGAAGGGAAGUACUCAAGAAAGGCGGCUUCUGUUGUGGCCAACCUAGCCCUCCAAUGUUGUUAUCCGGAGGCAACGUAUCGCCCCCACAUGUCUGAUGUGCUAUCCAUUCUAGAAAAAAUCCCUUCUCCUAGAGCAUUUCGUAAUAAAGAUAUGUCAAAUUCGAAAUCGAAGAUUAAUGCACAUAGCUCAAAUGGUCAGAGCAAUGGGCAUGACCAUCAGCAUGAGUCAGCGGCAGACAUGGUUCACCAUUGA